AUGGCAUCUGAAAAUUCAUCCUUAGAGAGCAAUGGUAGUAAUGAAUCAAUAUCAAAUAGUUAUGUGAACAAUGAACGUCACAACGCCAGUCAGAUUCAGAGCAUACCCCACCAGAUAGACUAUGAGGUGCUCACUGCGAACCAGUGCUAUGAGAAACAGAACUACUCCGUGAAGGGCCAUGGGCACAGCAUGAGCGGCAACUAUGAGCCGCUGCAGUAUGACGUCAUCAACAAGCAGACCAACGAGAGCCUUAAGCAGCAAUGCGAGAAGGCUUUGCAUGACUUGAAUCAGCUGAGGAGGCAGCACACUGAGACCUCUCGUAGAUGUGAGCAUGUUAUGAAGGAGCUGGAAUAUUUCCGUGGCCAGCACAGGGCAGCCAUGAACCAGUUGGAGGUGUCUGCCCAAGAGGCGAGUAGCCUUCGCGGCAAGUACGGCGAUCUGUUAAACGAUAACCAACGAUUAGAGCGCGAGGUACAACGCCUACAGCAGAGCAGCAACCCUGAGGGAAGCUCUGAUGCUUUGGUUCACACUUUAAGAAAGUAUGAGUCACUCAAAGAGGAGUUUGACUGUUUCCAGAAGCGAUAUGAUGACCUCAUAGAGAAUCAUAAUGCAACAUUGGAAAAGUUGCGAAGUGUUCAAGAUGAGAACAGCCGCUUGAAAACACAAUGCCAUGAAUUGACACAGGAGAGGAAUGCUGUUAUUCGCGAGCGGAACGCACUGAAACAGCAAGUGGCGAGUGUGGUGCGCCAAUGGGAGGGGGGAGUGAGGGAGAGGGCAGACAUCAAACGGUUAACGGACGAGCGAAACGCCGCUAUGGCCGAGUACACCCUGAUCAUGAGUGAGAGGGCGUGUUUCAGGGACACCGUGCACAAGGAGAUGGAGAAGCUGUCGGACGACCUGCAGGCGGCGCUCAAGCGGGUGGCCGCGCUCGAGGCGGCGCUGCAGGCGUCGCGCGACGAGCAGAGGGCCACCGCGCUGCAGGUGCCCGACUCGGACUCCGCACGAGUUCCAACUUCAAAGUCAGACUCACAGUUCCCUCGCUCGACGCUAGCCGAGCUGCAGGUGCCCGACUCGGACUCCGCACGAGUUCCAACUUCAAAGUCAGACUCACAGUUCCCUCGCUCGACGCUAGCCGAGCUGCAGGUGCCCCGACUCGGACUCCGCACGAGUUCCAACUUCAAAGUCAGACUCACAGUUCCCUCGCUCGACGCUAGCCGAGCUGCAGGUGCCCCGACUCGGACUCCGCACGAGUUCCAACUUCAAAACUCACAGUUCCCUCGCUCGACGCUAGCCGAGCUGCAGGUGCCCGACUCGGACUCCGCACGAGUUCCUCCAACUUCAAAGUCAGACUCACAGUUCCCUCGCUCGACGCUAGCCGAGCUGCAGGUGCCCCGACUCGGACUCCGCACGAGUUCCAACUUCAAAGUCAGACUCACAGUUCCCUCGCUCGACGCUAGCCGAGCUGCAGGUGCCCCGACUCGGACUCCGCACGAGUUCCAACUUCAAAACUCACAGUUCCCUCGCUCGACGCUAGCCGAGCUGCAGGUGCCCGACUCGGACUCCGCACGAGUUCCAACUUCAAAGUCAGACUCACAGUUCCCUCGCUCGACGCUAGCCGAGCUGCAGGUGCCCCGACUCGGACUCCGCACGAGUUCCAACUUCAAAGUCAGACUCACAGUUCCCUCGCUCGACGCUAGCCGAGCUGCAGGUGCCCCGACUCGGACUCCGCACGAGUUCCAACUUCAAAACUCACAGUUCCCUCGCUCGACGCUAGCCGAGCUGCAGGUGCCCCGACUCGGACUCCGCACGAGUUCCAACUUCAAAGUCAGACUCACAGUUCCCUCGCUCGACGCUAGCCGAGCUGCAGGUGCCCCGACUCGGACUCCGCACGAGUUCCAACUUCAAAACUCACAGUUCCCUCGCUCGACGCUAGCCGAGCUGCAGGUGCCCCGACUCGGACUCCGCACGAGUUCCAACUUCAAAGUCAGACUCACAGUUCCCUCGCUCGACGCUAGCCGAGCUGCAGGUGCCCCGACUCGGACUCCGCACGAGUUCCAACUUCAAAACUCACAGUUCCCUUGCUCGACGCUAGCCGAGCUGCAGGUGCCCCGACUCGGACUCCGCACGAGUUCCAACUUCAAAGUCAGACUCACAGUUCCCUUGCUCGACGCUAGCCGAGCUGCAGGUGCCCCGACUCGGACUCCGCACGAGUUCCAACUUCAAAACUCACAGUUCCCUCGCUCGACGCUAGCCGAGCUGCAGGUGCCCCGACUCGGACUCCGCACGAGUUCCAACUUCAAAGUCAGACUCACAGCUCCCUCGCUCGACGCUAGCCGAGCUGCAGGUGCCCCGACUCGGACUCCGCACGAGUUCCAACUUCAAAACUCACAGUUCCCUCGCUCGACGCUAGCCGAGCUGCAGGUGCCCCGACUCGGACUCCGCACGAGUUCCAACUUCAAAGUCAGACUCACAGUUCCCUCGCUCGACGCUAGCCGAGCUGCAGGUGCCCCGACUCGGACUCCGCACGAGUUCCAACUUCAAAACUCACAGUUCCCUCGCUCGACGCUAGCCGAGCUGCAGGUGCCCCGACUCGGACUCCGCACGAGUUCCAACUUCAAAGUCAGACUCACAGUUCCCUCGCUCGACGCUAGCCGAGCUGCAGGUGCCCCGACUCGGACUCCGCACGAGUUCCAACUUCAAAACUCACAGUUCCCUUGCUCGACGCUAGCCGAGCUGCAGGUGCCCCGACUCGGACUCCGCACGAGUUCCAACUUCAAAGUCAGACUCACAGUUCCCUCGCUCGACGCUAGCCGAGCUGCAGGUGCCCCGACUCGGACUCCGCACGAGUUCCAACUUCAAAGUCAGACUCACAGUUCCCUCGCUCGACGC